AUGGAGUCGAAUAGAGACACACGCCGUUCUCGAACGAGGACCGGGUGCUUGACCUGCCGCUCUCGGAAGAAGAAGUGCGACGAAGUCAGGCCGCGAUGCGCAGGAUGUCGACGCAAUCUACUUGAAUGCAAAUGGCCAGCAUACAUCGCCUGGAACGGAGGCAGCCAGACAGAUGCCAAACACCCGCGACCCAAGGAUGAUAAUCGCACCGAUCAUCAGGCACAAGGACAAGCCUCUCCUGGCCCUGGCCCUUAUCCGAACAUUUACACCGGGGAUGACCGGGCAUGCGCACUCACACCUUACUCCGUCCUCUUGCUUGGGCAUUUCGCCAGGGAGACAGUAUCCUUCUUCGCCAUGACCCCUCUUCGGAAUAAUCCCCUCCUCAUGCUUCUCAUGCCUCUCGGCUGCAUAGACGAUUUGCUCAUGCAUAGCCUCCUAGCCCUCGGCGGCGCCCACUUGGCACACAAGAACCCUACCAACAUGGUAUUGGCAGAUUCGACCAGGUUACAUUAUGCAAACCUCAUCAAAGGCUUAAGAGUCGAAAUUGCACGACUCGAUGACAACGACCUGGAGUGUAAAGAAAGACUCCUAAGUGUUCUGGGAAUUACAUGUCUUUACGAGAUUGUCUCCGGCGAUACCCAAGGAGCAACGUUCAAACACCUCCAUGCUAGUCGAAGACUUAUUUUGUCGCUCCUCGGUGAUGAAUCGACUAAAUCUACAUCUUCGAUAAUUAAUUCCGAAAGACUAAGCUUCAGCAUUGAGCUAUACAGGUAUCUGGUAUUCUCGAACACACUCACGCCAUAUGGAAUCACUUCAGAGCGUUCCUUGCCUUUGGACCCAUUUCUUACGAACAUUGAGGAGCCUCAAAUGACAGGACCUUUGAGCUUUGAGCCUAUAUUUGCCGGAACCUGCGGGCUAUUCCGGCUUGUGCCAUUGAUAAGCGUGAUAGCUUCGCAAAGGCUUGAUGAAGAGUCGCGAGGUCUAGAUUUACCAUCGCCGAAUCUUGCUAAGAUGGGUGAUGAUCUCUACAACCGUAUCCAAUCUUGGCGGCUUGACCCCCGGUACCAGGAGGGAGACGCCGACAGACGAGAGCAAAUCAGCCGGGUGGCCGAGAUGAUACGACUCGGCCUGUACAUCUACCUCAGAUCGUCACUCGCCGGCUCAGUCAUCUCCGACGCCGCUGACCUGUGUGCCAUCCAAGAAUAUAUAAGCCAGCUGUAUAACUACGCGCAUGUGGUCCUCCCCUCUCAGUAUACUGUCAUCUUGCUGUGGCCCGUCGUGAUUGCGGGGUCCUGCACGCUCAUCCCCGAUGAGAAGAGUGUGCUCCUGCGUGAGAUAUACUCGUUGAAAUACGGUAUGAAGCACAUGGCUAUUAUUGGGGAUGUUCUGCAGCUGCUGUGGGAUGAUCCGGAUCCGCGGGCGUAUGGCCCUUACGGGUUACAUUUUAUAAUGCAGAAGCACGGUUUGAGCGUGGGAAUCGCAUAA